CUGGAAGUCGAAAGUUUAAUGGAGUAUCCAAUCACACGAGUCCUCAGCUCUCCGGACGGCAGCGCCCACAUAAAAGCCGUCGGCCUGAGUCACCAGAACACCACGAAUGGAAAUCCGUCAACCAGCGGCAGACACAAAGAGUAAAGGAGAGCAAGCAAGCAGACUUCAGCAUGAAGCUAUGGAUGGCGGUUGUCACGGCGCUGGCGGCGGGUCGGAGUUCAGAUUGCCUGGACUGGAAUUUUUUUCAGAAUAACGCACCUCUGAAGGAUGGUAAUGUCAGGCUGGUAGGUGGGCAACAGCCCAAUGAAGGGCGUGUGGAGGUUUACUACCAAGGCCAGUGGGGCACAGUGUGCGAUGACAGCUGGGAUAUCGCGGAUGCCAACGUGGUGUGUCGUUCCCUGGGAUUCUGGAACGCAACUGCUGCUGUUCCAGGGGCUGCUUUUGGGACAGGCUCUGGGUCCAUCUUACUGGAUAAUGUCGACUGCAGAGGAACUGAGACCUCUUUGGCCAGUUGUAGAUCUGGAGGAUGGGGUGUCAGUGACUGCCAACACAAGGAGGAUGCGGGUGUCCGAUGCCAGCCAAAGAUAGACACAAGAUCCACCACAACAUACAAAAUGGACCAUCAGUCUGACCUGGCAGAGGAACUGAAAAUGCUUUAUAAAAGCCAAAAGGAUUGCGACAUGAUAAUCAAAGUUGUGUCUAUUGAGGAUCCUAACGUGUCUGAAAGUCUGUGUGCCCACAAGCUCAUACUGUCUCUGGGGCCGGGAAAUGACUUUCUCAAGAGAAUGCAGCAGUCUUACAACUACACCAUGAAGGUCCACAGCAGUUGCUUCCCGAUGGUCCAAGAUUUCAUUGAGUUUCUGUACAAGAGGAGCAUAGACAUCCCCUCUACUAUGGCGGUAUGUUUCCACAUGCUAGCAUCCGAGUAUAAUGUUGUUAAACUAAAGGAGUAUACUGCUGAUCUCUUCACCUGGAUGAUCCCAGAAGACAACACCUUCCAGACUACAGUAUCCCUGCUUAAGUAUGCCAUCAGCACCAAUGACCUCAUUCUUCAAGAAAACUGUGUACGGUUCCUUGCCUGGAACUGUGAGGCACUCAUCAACUCCAGUCUUUGGGAUGAACUGCCUGCAGCCAUUUUAGAAGCUCUGCUCUCCCGCUCUGAUGUGGUGACACCCAGUGAAGAAUAUCUCUUCAUGGGGGUCGAGCGCUGGAUCAUAGCCAAUCGUCAGCGAGAGGACCUAAACAGCAGUUCCCUCCUUCUGACAGAGGAGUCACUGUUGCAAAAGAUUCGUUUCCCAAUGAUCUCUCCUGAGAAUCUUUUUGAUAUCCCAUUCAAUUCUUCUGUCUACAAAAACCACAUGCUGCUCUUCCAGUCUAAACUCUUAGAAGCAUACCAGUUCCACACUGUACCUCCCCAAAAACUCAAACAAAGUCUAAAAAGGGUGAGUGAAGAUUUUGUAUCCAGGAUCUACACCUCAUCCUCCUGGUGUUCCUUGUAUAGAGGCAUGAAAAGUUACCCACAAAUGUACUAUCGUCAUGAGGGAUUCCACAUUAGCGAAAUUUCCAUAGCUGAAACCUUCCAAACCCCCACCUAUAUGAGUCAGCUAUUUGUAACACGAAAGGUGUCCUGGACAAGUGCAGUCCACAAUUCUAUGAAGAGCUGUAGACACAUGGGCUACUAUUGUGAGUCAUUUCCAACUGCAACACUUAGUGGUCCCUCUCCUUCAUCAGCUUCCUUCGUCUACAAUAAUCUUAUUCUGUCUAUUUGCAAAGACAACUAUGUGUUUGCAAUCCAGGAAUUCAAAAACAGCCAGGCUGUCCUGUCUUUCAAUGGGACAUCGACAUAUAACUUCCCAUGCCAGUCUAAAGAUUAUACAUACAAGUUUGUGGUCCAGCCGCGGUACAACUAAUCGCCUGCUGUAUCCAGGUUGAGUAUGUGUGCCCACCUUACUUACUUGUGCUCAGGCUGCCUACAGCAAGUAAAUCAAGAUUGUAAGGCAUUCAUUUAGCAUUCAUUUCCAAGUAGUGGGCAUGAAAGUAAAAAAAGAGCUUAAUGUUUUAAUAAAUCGUGUCCUUCCAAGUAACUGCAUCCUUGACUAUACAUUUUGUAGCUUUAUUAUUUUAUGUGCUGGGCUGGUCUGACUAUCCAAUAAACCAGUAAAGGGGAAAUGUCUGCAGAAAAGGGAGGCAUGAAUGGUUCACAAAUGGUUUCUGGAUUCAAAUGUGCCAUCUGGUGGAUUUUGACCAAAAUUGUUUUUUUAAGCAUACUUUUUUUUUUUUUAAAUCACCAUCAAUCCAUUAUCCAACCCACCAUAUGCCAACCACAGGGUCACGGGGGUCUGCUGGAGCCAAUCCCAGCCAACACAGGGUGCAAGGCAGGAACAAAUCACGGGCAGGGCGACAGUCCGCUGCAGUUUUUGGUCACCUUUUUAUUAUUACUAUUAUUGUGAGAAUUGCAAGCACAGCAGCAACAUGGUAUUAUUAAUGCAAGAGUCAAUAUUUUCAUAUUCAUUUUGCUUUGCUAAAAUUUAAUAACAGCAAUAACAAUUGGUAGAAUUGAUUUUAACAUUAAAAUUGAUUUCUUAAAUCUUCAUUAAAGUUACUAAGUUAAUUUGAGAAUGGUUUAACUUUUGUAUAGU